UAAAUGCAGCUACUCGACAAUUGCUUGGGGAGCCUCGGUGAAGAAAGGGGUACAACCAGAUGUAGACUACACGUUUAGAGCCACGACGAGUUCAGGAAAAGUGUUCAACUUCAUGAACGCACUAGGAGAUGUCGCAUUUGCAUAUGCUGGUCAUAAUGUGGUGUUGGAGAUUCAAGCUACUAUUCCUUCAACUCCCGAGAAACCAUCUAAGGUCCCAAUGUGGAGAGGAGUGGUUGUUGCCUACAUCGUGGUUGCCAUCUGCUAUUUUCCUGUUGCAUUUGUUUGCUACUAUAUAUUUGGAAAUACUGUGGAUGACAAUAUUCUUAUGUCACUGGAGAAACCAACUUGGCUUAUCGUCAUGGCUAACUCAUUCGUGGUUAUUCAUGUUAUUGGAAGCUAUCAGAUAUUCGCAAUGCCGGUUUUUGAUAUGCUUGAAACCUUUUUGGUAAAACAAAUGAUGUUUGAUCCUUCCUUCAAACUCCGUUUCAUCACUCGAACUUCAUAUGUUGGUAAGUUUUCUCUUAAUUCAGAUUGAAUCACUACUCUUAUAUAACAAAAUAUGAACUACACUGACUACUUGAUGGAACAGCUUUAACCAUGUUCAUUGGCAUAUGCAUUCCAUUCUUUGGUGGAUUACUCGGCUUUUUUGGAGGAUUUGCCUUUGCCCCAACAACUUACUACGUAAGUAAUUCUGUUGACAAAACUAAGAAUAAUCUUAUAUUUCAAAGAAACCAUAAUAAAUUAUUCUGAUACACUUUUUCAUUUUUCCUAUGAUUAGCUGCCAUGCAUAAUGUGGUUGAUUCUCAAGAAACCAAAGAAGUAUGGAUUGUCUUGGUCUCUUAACUGGGUAUAUUUCCUUUUACUCAUCAUAUUCCACCAUAUAUGUCAUUUUAUUUAAUUUUGUUAAAUUUGACAACAAAUUGUUGUUUCUUUAUGUGAAAAUUGCAGUUCUGCAUAGUGGUCGGCGUACUAUUAACGAUCGUAGCUCCCAUUGGUGGCCUCAGAACCAUUAUCAUGUCUGCCAGUGACUACAAGUUCUUCUCUUGAACAAAUUAUAUGCAGUCAUGCGUUUAUUUUUGGAAUACCG